AUGGGAAGCCCCAGCCCCGAGGCCUAUCCCUUCCUCCUCAGGCCCAGCCUUACCCUGGGGAAGGGCAGGCAGGAACCAGACACUGACUGUGCCUUAAAGGCCCCCUGGCAGCCCGGCGAGGCUGGUUUGAAUGGCAACCCUAUUUUGUCCCUGGGAAGGUCGUCCUCGUCGACAGAGCACGCAGUUUCGGGAGGGACGCACCUGGAGUGGGGCGGUACCCCGGUCCCUUGGGGGUUGGUUUUCGGGACCGAGGACUGGGGGAGGACGGCGCCCCGGAGGGCGGCGGGCCGGGGGGAGCAGGAGCGGGGUCUGGGCCGCUGCAGCCGGGUAGCCCCUCCCCGCCGUCCCCUCCCUUCUGUCCCCUCCCCCUCGCCUCCUCCGGGUCCCCGGCGGCGGCGGCCGGAGGAGCAGCCGGCGGCGCAGCGGCCGCGCAGCCUUUGUCUCGGCCGGGCCCAGCGCUGGCAGGCCACGCGGGGACGGAGGAGGCAGAGAGGACAGGCAGUGAUGGAGAAACUGGAGAGGAGCCGGCGAGCGUCACCAUCAUUACCAUCAUCAUCACCGCCACCAUCGCCUCCACCGUCACCAUCACCAUCAUCACCAUCACCAUCUCUGCCCGUCGCCCAUCCCAGCGGCCCCCGACCUCCCCUCCCCUCUCAUUUCCCCGGGUGAUGAUCCUGGGGUCAUGGAAUUGAGCCCUGCAUUGAGCUCUGUGGUCAGUGUGGAGUCUGCUUGAAAUUCUCUCUCCUUCUCUCUCUGCUCCUCCCAUUGUGCUUGCUCCCUCUCUCUUUCUCUCUGAAGAUAAAUAAAUAAACCUUUAAAAGAAAA